GUCAUUUCCGGUUCUUAUGACAGUUACACCGCCUCGAAAACAUGGCUGAUUAUAACCAAGGAUGGAUUUUAUUAGCAUUCUUGUUCUUUGCUGCUCUCACAUUGCGUGAUAUUUAUGUCGGUGUUCCAAGUAGUAGUGACGGUAAAGCUGAACCGUUUACUACCCCGCCCCCGGAUGUCAAACCUCAGCCCAGUGUUAAACAGCAACUUUAUAGUGGGCCUUUGCUCCGCUUCUUGUAUUGUGUUUCCUGAGGGUAUAGAAGGGUGUUUGAGGAAUACUCUCAAGCCAUUCAGCAGUUGUACCCCGAUAUUCGUAUUGAAGGUGAGAACUAUCUACCAAAACCCUUGUACAGAUAUAUUGCUACAUUUGUUUCCUAUUUCAAGUUGGCAGUAAUUGUACUGAUUAUUACUGGAUACAACCCAUUUCCUCUUUUGGAUAUAGAAACACCAAGAAUUUGGACAUGGAGUCAAGAAAAUAAGAUAUUUGCAUGUCUGAUGACCUUCUUCUUAUGCAACAUUAUAGAAACACAGUGCUUGUCCACCGGAGCAUUUGAAAUCAGUUUAAAUGAUGUUCCAGUCUGGUCAAAAUUAGAAUCUGGGCGUGUGCCAAACAUUCGUGAACUUUUACAGAUCUUGGAUAAUCAUAUUAAGAUGAAUGCAUCCCCAUUCUUACAGAAUCCUUAACGUAUCUAAUCAGGUUCUGGUUCCUAGUGAUGAGUUUUAGAUCUCAGAAGCUGAAUAAUCCUCAUGUGGCUGAUUUGUAGUGGAUUGAUGAAGGAGUGCACUGAAAACAGAUACCUGUAAGUGCAGUCCGGAUGGAACUGUUCGCUGCAUGAACUGCUGCUCAGGGAACAUUCACUUCUCGAUCCUGUACUUGGGACAGAAAUUAUUCAAUACAUUGUGCUACUGAGAACUCAGAUGUAAAAAUUUAGUAUUUAAAAAAGUUGUUUACUUUCUUUUUUUUCUUUUACUGCCCAUUUCAUCCUCGCAUUCUUCUGUAACAGAAUAAUCACAUUUUGUCUCCACACCAUUCCUCCUCCUGGGUCUACAACAUGUAUUGAUUCUGGAAUUUAAAGGUUUGUCUUUUUUCAUAAAUAAAUUCAGUUGGUAAUAUGGUCA